CUGUCAUGUCUCAAGGGAUCCUUUCUCCGCCAGUGGGCUUGCUGUCCGAUGAGGAAGUGGCAGUCUCCCCCAUGUUUGAGUCCACAGCUGCAGACUUGGCGUCUGUGAUAAGAAAGGACUUGCUUUCAGACUGUUCUGUUAUCUCCACCUCCCUGGAGGAUAAGCAGCAGGUUCUAUCUGAGGAUAAUACAGAGAAGGUGAGAGUAUACCUGAGGAUCAGGCCCUUCUUACCUUCAGAGUUGGAACGACAGGAGAAUCAGGGAUGUGUCCACAUUGAGAAUGUGGAGACUCUUGUUCUACAAGCACCCAAGGAGUCUUUUGCCCUGAAGAGCAAUGAACGAGGAAUUGGUCAAGCUACCCACAGAUUCACCUUUUCCCAGAUCUUUGGGCCGGAAGUAGGACAGGCAUCCUUCUUCAACCUGACCGUGAAGGAAAUGGUGAAGGACGUACUCAAAGGGCAGAACUGGCUCAUCUAUACAUAUGGAGUUACCAACUCAGGGAAAACCCACACCAUUCAAGGUACCAUCAAAGAUGGAGGAAUCCUACCCCGGUCUCUGGCUCUGAUCUUCAAUAGCCUCCAAGGCCAGCUUCAUCCAACACCUGAUCUGAAGCCCUUGCUCUCCAAUGAGGUAGUCUGGCUAGACAGCAAGCAGAUCCGGCAGGAAGAAAUAAAGAAGCUGGCUUUGCUAAAUGGAGGCUUCCAAGAGGAAGAGCUCUCCACCUCCUUGAAGAGAAGUGUCUACAUUGAAAGUCGGAUGGGUACCAGUACCAGCUUUGAUAGUGGCAUUGCUGGGCUCUCUACCAGUCAGUUUACCAGCAGUAGUCAGUUGGAUGAAACAAGUCACCGAUGGGCACAGCCAGAUACUGCCCCAAUAAGUGUCCCAGCAGACAUCCGCUAUUCCAUCUGGAUAUCUUUCUUUGAGAUCUAUAAUGAGCUGAUUUAUGACCUAUUAGAACCACCCAGCCAGCAGCGCAAGAGGCAGACACUGCGGUUGUGUGAAGAUCAGAAUGGUAAUCCCUACGUGAAAGAUCUCAAUUGGAUUCAUGUUCAAGAUGCUGAGGAAGCCUGGAAACUCCUAAAAGUGGGUCGUAAGAACCAGAGCUUUGCCAGCACCCACCUGAACCAGAACUCUAGCCGCAGUCAUAGCAUCUUUUCCAUCCGAAUCCUGCACCUCCAGGGGGAAGGGGACAUAAUCCCAAAAAUCAGCGAGUUGUCACUCUGUGAUCUGGCUGGCUCAGAACGCUGCAAAGAUCAGAAGAGUGGUGAGCGACUUAAGGAAGCAGGAAACAUUAACACUUCCCUGCAUACUCUAGGCCGUUGUAUUGCUGCCCUUCGCCAAAAUCAGCAGAACCGUUCAAAGCAGAACCUGAUUCCCUUUCGAGACAGCAAGUUGACUCGAGUGUUCCAAGGCUUCUUUACAGGCCGAGGCCGCUCCUGUAUGAUUGUUAAUAUGAAUCCCUGUGCAUCUUUCUAUGAUGAGACCCUUCAUGUGGCCAAGUUUUCAGCUAUUGCCAGCCAGCUGGUGCAUGCCCCACCUAUUCAACUGGGAUUACCAUCCCUGCACUCAUUUAUCAAGGAUCACAGUCUGCGGGCAUCCCCUAGCUUAGAAACAGGUGCCAAGCUGGACCCAGGCCUUGAUGAUGACACGCAAAAUGAAACUGACAUCUCCAUGUAUGGCAAGGAGGAGCUCCUAGAGGUGGUAGAAGCAAUGAAAGCGCUGCUUUUGAAAGAACGGCAGGAAAAGUUGCAGCUGGAGAUACAGCUCCGUGAUGAGAUUUGCAAUGAGAUGGUGGAGCAGAUGCAACAACGGGAACAGUGGUGCAGUGAACAUUUGGACAUCCAGAAGGAACUGUUGGAGGAAACUUAUGAAGAGAAACUAAAGAUUCUCAAGGAGUCGCUGACAAGUUUUUACCAAGAAGAGCUGCAGGAGCGGGAUGAAAAGGUUGAAGAACUAGAAGCCCUCUUACAGGAAGCCAGACAGCAACCAGUGGCCCACCAACAAUCAGGGUCUGAAUUAUCCCUACGGCGGUCACAACGAUUGGCAUCUUCCUAUACCCAGCAACUCCAGGAGGUUAAAGCUAAAUUCGAGCAGUGCAAAGCAGAACUAAUCUCUACCACUGAUGAGCUGCAUAAGUAUCAGAAAAUGUUAGAACCACCACCCUCAGCCAAGCCCUUCACCACUGAUGUGGACAAGAAGUUAGAGGAGGGCCAGAAGAAUAUAAGGCUGAUGCGGACAGAGCUUCAGAAACUUGGUGAGUCUCUCCAGUCAGCAGAAAGAGCCUGUUGCCACAGCACUGGAGCAGGAAAACUUCGCCAAGCCUUGACUAAUUGUGAUGACAUCUUAGUUAAACAGGACCAGACCCUGGCUGAACUUCAGAAUAAUAUGAUGCUUGUGAAACUAGAUCUUCGGAAAAAAGCAGCAUGUAUCGCUGAGCAGUAUCACACAGUGCAAAAACUCCAAGGCCAGGCUUCUUCCACCAAAAAGCGCCUUGGCCCCAACCAAGAAAACCAGCAACCAAAUCAGCAACCCCCAGGAAAGAAACCAUUCCUUCGGAAUUUACUUCCCAGAACACCCACCUGCCAAAGCUCAACAAACUGUAGCCCUUAUGCCCGUAUUUUGCGUUCACGGCGUUCUCCUUUACUCAAAUCUGGGCCUUUUGGCAAAAAAUACUAAGGCUGUGGGAAGGCAAGAAUAGUCAUUCCCUUGAGGUGAGUCAGCUGCUCAGCUUUAUAAGUUUAUAAGCUUUGUCAUAUAUACCUAGUACUCUUUUCUGAAUGCAAUACUCUGAAACUAGUACUGUAUUCCUUUUUGUAAUAUAAUCAUCUAUGUAUUCUCACAUUAUGUUGUUGUGUUUUACAUAUUGCUUCUAUGCAUACAAAAAUAUUAAAGAUAUUAUUCACAUUUUUAGUUG